AUGAAUACGACAACAAUAACGUUUGAAGAAUUCCUUGAGGCGGGAAAAGAAUUCGUAAGAAAAUCUGAGAAACUUGGUGAUGGCUGGACGUUAAAAGAAAACAAGAAGGAUGUUUUGAAAUCUUACAUAGAGAAGAAGACAUUUAUUAAGUGCCAGGACGAAAAUAUCGGAAAGUUGUUGAGAGUAGAAUUUGUGAUAUUCUACAAUUUGAGUUAUGGAGUUCCUUCGUUCAGUUUUAACUUAUGGAAUUCCUCAGGCAUGUUGAUCAGUUUAGAAGAUGUAAGGAAAAUGUCUUUUAUAGAGAUAAAUGAAAAAGAUUUCUACUCAGUAAUAACUCAGCAAGAACACCCAAUAUUUCAGCGACCAUACUUCAUUGUACACCCAUGUCACACAGAGACAUUGCUGGCAGAAUUCAGGAACAAAUCUAAGAACAUUAUUGGUGUUAUGCAAUGA